AAGUUUCUCUGUUGACUGAUGUAAGUGAAUUGAGCAAUUGUCUAGUUUACCUUCUCCUCUUGGAAGGUAACGAUUGGCGAGAUCUUUGCUGCGUUAUUGACACAACACGUUUUAUUGAGCAGUCUUGGUAGAAAUAAGUGCUGAUUGUCCAGAGUCAUCGUAAAGCAAAGUGAACUGUGAGGCGCUGGCAGUAACCCAGGCUGCCUCAGAUGAUGUUCUUUCUUGCAGGUCAGUGAAAAGAAGAAAAAAAAGGCAUCUACAAAGGGAACAUUCACACCAGAUUGAAGGUGGUUUAAGACAUGGACAGUGCGCUCUUCCACACAUCGGCAAUACUUGGUUCACCUUCAGUGGCAGAAAAUUUAUCCGCUGGAGAAAACAUGAUCGCUACAGCCAAGCCUCUUGCUUUCUCGAUCGAAAGGAUAAUGGCCAGGACACCAGAACCAAAGUCAGUACCUCUUCCAAACUUGUUUCAAACGCCUAUGAACAAGGCAGACCCAAAGCAAGUUCUGCACUCCUCCACGCUCCCAUGCAUGAUACCGUUUGUGCCACUAGCGUACGAAUCUGGUCAAAAACUGAGCGUCACUGGAUCAGAACCAAGAAAGAACCAUUUAGACUCGUCUUCCUAUAUCCCUAAUGAUUUAUUAAGUAUUGGUUUAAAUUACAAAGGUGAGCUAUCAGAUGGAAGUUCGUCAAUAGGACAAUAUAAACUUUUUCGACCACGAGUGGUAAACCAGUCUUCUUUUCAUGCUAUGGGAACAUUGUGCUAUCUAAACUGCGGAGAAAACCCCUGUCCCCCACCUGCGAGUAUUCUUAACAUUCAUCCAAUGGCUUCGUAUCUUCUUAACUCUCCACUUAACCCACGCCAGAAAGCUUUUCUUUCGGAGAAAAACAAACUCGUUCCUGCUGUGGAAAGGUACCAGUCUGGGGUUGCCUUUAAAGACUUAUCACAGACCCAGCUGCAGCACUAUAUGAAGGAAAGCGCACAGAUUCUCUCUGAAAAACUAUUUAAAAACUCUUCAAAACUUACAACCGGAUCCCCAAGCAACAAGCCGAAGGUUUUUACCUGUGAAGUUUGUGGGAAGGUGUUUAAUGCACAUUACAAUUUAACCCGUCAUAUGCCAGUGCAUACCGGCGCAAGACCUUUCGUCUGCAAAGUGUGUGGCAAAGGGUUUCGGCAGGCAAGCACGCUUUGUCGGCACAAGAUCAUCCAUACACAGGAAAAACCCCACAAGUGCAACCAGUGUGGGAAGGCGUUCAACCGAAGUUCCACUCUGAACACGCACACAAGAAUUCACGCCGGUUACAAACCAUUUGUGUGUGAAUUCUGCGGCAAAGGAUUCCACCAAAAAGGAAACUACAAAAAUCACAAGCUGACGCACAGUGGGGAAAAACAAUUCAAGUGCAAUAUCUGUAAUAAGGCCUUCCACCAAGUUUACAAUCUGACUUUUCAUAUGCACACCCAUAACGACAAGAAACCUUUUACGUGCCCCACCUGUGGAAAAGGAUUUUGUAGGAACUUUGACUUAAAAAAACACAUCAGGAAACUACACGACAUUUCCCCGGGAUCUCAGACAACAUCGGGUAAUAAGGGAGAUCCUCAUCCAAAUCAGUAAAAUGGCUGGGUUAAGUUCCCUACUAAAUGAAAAGAUAUUUUUGCAUGCAACUUUAUUUGUGCGAUGUGAUCGUUGUGGACUGUAGAAACCCCAGUGGAUACACUUAAGAAACUUUCGUAAAAAAAAUAUAAAUACCCUUAUUAAUUUUCGUUUUAUCUCAGGUUUAAGGAUGUAAAACAAAGCUUUGUAAUAUUUAUUUUAAUUUGUAUCUUAUUAAAUGCUACAAUAACUUAAAUGGUAUGAAUAUAUUAUCUGUUGUGGUGAUUCUGGUAUGCUGCAAUUGCCUGAAUAUGGUUCAUUAUUUAUAUUAUGGUUAUUAUAAUAAUUACUACACUGGUCAUUGUUUUAAUUUCAUAUAAAUUAUAUAUGCAAUGUCUCAUUGCCGGAUGAUGUUGAGUGUCAGUUGAGUAUACUGGCAAAGAGGCGCACAAAAUACACAACGGAAAAGGGAUAAAACAUUUAAAAGUGUUAUGGUGAAAAUAAUAAAAAUGUUUUACGCCUAAUAUGUCUCAAAUGCUCUUUUCCUGAUUAAACAUGGAAUUUUCUAUUUAUAUUUAAUAACUUUCUUAGAAAGAGCAAAAUGUAUGUAGUCGAAUAACUAUAGACUGGGGACGGGGGAGGAGCGGAUAUUGAGUUUUUAAAUAUUGAUAAUAAUAAUUUAACCACUAAUAUGUUUGCACACUGUUACAGUAUAUGCGCUUUUAAGAAUGGGUACAGUCUUAGAAAUAUACAGUACACUACUGCACAAUCUAAAUGUACCUGUAUAGUAUCUUACGAACAAAGGAAAAUGUCCAUUCAAGUAGAAUAUUCUACAGUAUUUUUACCUAAUCUGAAAUAUUUUGUUAAAAUCAAAAUGCGAAAGAAAAGCAAUGUCAUAAAAUGUAUUGAUAUGCACGACAAAUAAUCUGUCAUCUCUGUUAUACAUAAAUCAUUCUGAUGUUUCAUCAGACAGCCCGCAGAUGAGAAGUUUUGAAUGAAAUAAUAAACGUAACAGUUACCAAUAAGAAUAUUAGCAAUCAAUAGUUUAUUGUCAGGUAUA